UAAACCCUUCAUUUGCUAACAUAUUUACCCGCGUGCAUAGAGCCUCAAGCCUCUGGAAACUCGUAAGAAAAAGCAGGAAUAGCAAACCCAGAAAAUGGCGGUUCCUGGAAGGCGCAACGGUAUGAUAGACGACGACGAGAACGAAGACAAUGCUUUGUUCGAAGAAGAGGGUCUGAUCGAGCUCGACUCCGACACGCCUCCCCACCUCCGUGAGCUCGCCGCCGCCUCUGAGCUCGGCAACCUCGACGCCCUCCGCCUAGCCCUCGAUAACUUGACUGGUAGCAUUGAUGAACCUGUGGAAGAUGGGGACACGGCUCUGCAUCUGACAUGUCUCUAUGGCCAUUUGUCCUGUGUCCGGCUACUUUUGGAAAGAGGAGCAAACAUAGAGGUUGAGGAUGAAGACGGUGCAAUUCCUCUUCAUGAUGCUUGUGCAGGGGGAUUUGUCGAGAUAGCCCAGCUUCUGUUGAAUACUGCUAAUGACCCAGAGUGCAUAAAGAGGAUGUUAGAAUCAGUUGAUGCAGAAGGUGAUACUCCUCUGCAUCAUGCAGCAAGAGGUGAGCACGCUGGUGUUAUAAGGUUGUUAGUAUCUUCUGGGGCUUCUCUUACACAACCAAACACUUGUGGAAAGACCCCAAUUGAGCUAGCUGAGCCAGGCACAGAAGCUAGGAGUAUUCUGGAUGCUGCUGCUGGUGCUGUGGCAUGCGAGUAGGCUUUACCAAAUACUUGCUGAAAUGUCAAAUUUUUGUUUUUCUGAAGAUUGUGGCACUGCUCUUGUUGGUCUCUUUGCUAUAUAGGUAGGUAACAACAUAUCUUGUAGAUCGUGAUCAAUCAUUGCCUAAUAUUGGUUUUACUUUUAGAGCUGCAUUAGACAAAUCAAAUAUCAUGGUCUAAUAACAAACCGUUUUUGUUAGUU